AUGGCGGUCUCUAGUCCUUUACAACUCUCGGUAGUAAUCCAUCCAGUUGUUGUACUUACUAUAUGUGAUAGUUAUGAACGACGUAACGAAGAUAUAGAAAAAAUCCAUGGCACUUUAUUAGGCAAGGUGGAAAAGGAACGAAUCGAGAUUCGUAAUUGCUUCAUUGACGACAAUCCUACUGCAUCAGGAAAGAAAAAGUUUAAUCUUGAAGAAUUUCAAAGAUUGUUCGAUUUACACCAACGGGUAUAUCCUAAUGAAGUCAUUGUUGGACGGUUUUCAACUGGUGAUCAGAUAGAUGAUACCGCAUUGGCCAUGCAGGCAUUAUUCAGCAGAGUUAUUGAAUCAUCCUAUGUAGCAUUUCCAAUUCACCUACUGGUUGAUACUAAUUUAACCGACUCACAUAUGGGUAUUCAAGCUUCUGUAUAUCAUAGAUAUGGCGUGCCUGGAAAUGAUAAUGGUUCUAUAUUUACGCCUAUACGAUAUGCUAUGGGCUAUUAUCCAGAAGAGAUGAGUGCUUCACAAUUAUUUCAACGUAAUUUAGCAAUCGGUGGGAUCGCUCCUGUUCAUAAUGAUAUGCAACACGUUAUCGCGACGUCAACAAAAAUUGAUGAAUUAUUGGAUGAAGUUUUAAAAUAUGUGGAAGACGUGACGGCUGGGAAUACUCCAUUUGAUAGCAAGAUUGGACGAUCAUUAAGCGAUGCAAUAAUGGCAGUUCCACAAAUCGAUCAAUCAGUAUUUAAGGAUAUGAUGAACAACUCGACACAGGAUUUAUUGAUGGUUACCUAUCUUGGCAGCUUGGUUCGAACACAGCUUGCUCUUGCUGAAAAAUUGAAUACGAUUCUAUAG